GGCCAUAUUCUUCACAUCUCAACAGCAGCAUAACACAAUCUAUCCAACUUCCAAAGCUUUCCCAGAUUUAAAUGGCUCCCACUAAUAACUAUGACUACAACUUCCCGUAUUUUCCUCUACCACCACCACAUAAUAAUCCUCCAUCCCCUCCAAAAGUUGCGCCACCUCAUAGUUCUCCAUCCCCUCCAAAUGUGUCCCCGCCCCAUAAUUUUCCUCCUCCACACGUUACUCCCCCCUCUCCAAAAGUUCCUCCUCCACCACAUCAUCCGAUUACACCACCACCUACUCAUCCAUUUCAUCCACCACCACCCCAUCACAUUCCUCCACCCCCUCAUGUUAUUCCACCUCCACCACCAACACCAGGACAUCAUUCGACUGUUAUAAUUGUUGUCUUUGUCUCACUCGGUGGUCUAUUCUUUCUUGCAUUCCUCUCAGUGGCUCUCUGCUGCUUCAUUAAGAAGAAAAGGAAGAAAACAGUUCAGAAAACUGAGAUCUUAGAGUUCGAUGAGCAUACUAAAGUCCAGGAAGCCAUUGUUCCAGGUCCUCAUGGUGAGAAAAUCACAGUACUAAACAUUGAAGAGGAUGUGCAUCUUGUAGAGGAAAUUAAGAAAAACGAAAAGCUAACUGAAGGUUCGCACAUCAAGUCGGCUCACGAUCGUCCCCUGAAUUCUGACAUAGCAACACCCUCUUCUCAGUAUAAUCAGCACCAUCUCGAGCACAAGGUCUGAUUGAAAAACAAACAAAUGAAAUAAGUGGCAAUAUAAUCGCACACUCCUCGUCAACAACAAAAUUCUACAGUCCUGCUGGGACUAUACAUGUAAAACUUCUUAUUUCUUUUCCAAAGUUGUCGAUAUGUUUUCUUUGAAUAAAAACUUAACUUGUUGAAUAGUA